GGGGGUUUCCUCUCCACCUGCUGAAUGAACACAGUCAGCAUCGGGGAGUACCACGGUCUGCGGGUGGGCUCGGCCCUGCUCAGCAUUGUGGCGGGGUGCAUCAUCAUCGGGGUGUCAAGGGAGUGUGAUGCUGAUGCUGUGGGGGGCAUCUUUCUGGGUGCGGGGGGGCUGGGCCUCCUUAUCUCUGUCUUCCCUUUCAUAAGAGCCUGGCUCAACAUUAACCACAUUCUCCCAACUUUGGGGAACUUCAGAGUGCACCCUGUUACUGUCAACCCUCCAGGCACAGAGCAACAGGCCGACACACCAAAACGAGAAGCGACACAGAGCCAUCUAAAUCUGGAGCGCUCUAAGAGCCGGAUGGGGACCUUUGUUGAUGGUGGACCAAUGGCCGAGGCCUCAGCAGAUGAGGGGACAUCUUCGGAGAUGCCAGACAUCUUGUCCAGACGGAAGUUCAAACAGACCAUCCCUGAUCCAGACCUCCCAUAAAUUGGUUUUCCAGCAACCGGACAGGACACAUCUAUCCCCCACGCCUUUUAACACAUGUCAAAUGGAUUUCACCAGAUGGUUAAUCAGAUGAUUGCUGAAUUCAACGAUACAAU